AAACAGGAAGUUCCGGUAUUUUCGUCCUAUAGAAAAAAAAUUGCUUGUCAAAUUGUCGCUAAAAAUCACUAUUAGGAUGAAGUAAGUAACUAUUUGCUAUGUCUAGAAAUAUCUUAUAAUAUUAUUUCAAUAAUUAUUGCUUCUAUAAAGCGCUUUAUGCAUUUUAAAUAGUAGUAUAUUUUAAAGGUAUUUAAUUGUAUACAUUUUUCAAAUUUCUUUUGCCUUUUAGUAAGAAAGUCUCCAGAUUCGACCACCAAAACUUGAGACAUUCGAUAUAUAAUAGCAUCUUAAACUUAGCUAAAGAAACAUUACCAAAUUUUAAAGAAUAUGAAAUUGAGGGUAUGAUAGCUGUAACUCUAGACGAUAGUGUUAUGGUUCUUAACUUGACAAAUAAAAUGUUACAUGAAAACGAUGCCAGCGCAGCUAAGUAUGAAGGAACUAGGCUAAGGACUCGGCGUCCUUCUCGUUUAGCUGCCGAAAAGGUAGAAAUUAAGGAAGAUACAGAAGAAAUAAUAAUAGAUAAAAAAAUAGAUCAAAAUAAUGAGGAAGAGGAGCCAUAUUCCUCAAGAGGGAAAAUAAAAACAUCAUCAACUGAUUAUGACGAUGAAUUGGAAGCUGGUAGUACAUUACCUCUUAAGAGCUCAGGAAAAAGAAAAAGAGGUAGAGGUAGGGGAAUGAGAUCAAUCUCAUCUUCAAGACAAGGGCGAAGGAACAGAAAUUCCAUGGAUUAUUCGGAAGGCGAUACAGAAGCAGGAGAUGGGAAUAAUUCAAAUGAUGAGAUUGACUCUCCUUUGAAAAAGAAAGGCCGAAGAAUAUCUAAAAGAGGAGGAAGAUCGAGUCGUAAAAAGACUAGAGAGGAAGAAAUACGUGCAUAUACAAAUGAUCAAGAUGUUAUAGACUUGAGUGUUGAUAAUACUCCUCUAGAUGCUAGUAUUGUUGAUCAAUUUGAAGAUCUACCUCUCCUUCCUGAACCAGAGAAUAAAUUUGGUUUAAGUCAUAAACCGAAACCGUCUAACUUGCCUCGAAAGUAUAUUUGUGACUUCUGUGAAAGCGGAUUCAAAAGUAGUUCUCACUUGGAAGAGCAUAGGCGUCUUCAUACUGGAGAAAAACCGUACAAGUGUCCAGUUUGUCCAUUUGAAGCUUCUCACGGAUCCAACUACAGGUUACAUUUAAGGGACAAUCACCCGGAAAUAGAUCCGUAUCCGUGUCCACAUUGUGACAGGGCUUUCAAACAGAAGAAAGAUUAUAGAAAUCACGUGAAAGAGCAUCCAAAAACUAAUUAAUAACAACGUUUUAUCUAUGAAUUUAUUAAGAAUAUUUUCUUUUAGACAAUGUUUAUAAAAAUAUUCUGGAUUACAGACAUGUAGAAAUUUUAUUCAAUCUUUACAAUCUGUAGCUAACAUCUUACGGUACUAAAAACAAUUUGAAAGAAAAGCAAUGAAAACCUCUGUCCUGAAAAUUGUUUUAAAACUAUGCUGAAAGUAAUAGUUUGAUAUUAAAAUUUUGAACAAUAAAUUAAAAUAAUAUAUCAAAUACACAAUUCAAUUUUGCAGUCAAACAUUUUUGAAUUUUUGGCGCGAAAAAAUUAGGUAAAAUAUUCGUAAGACGAAAAUUUUCCAACGUUUCGACUGCUAUCUGAAUAAUAAUGUCUGUAUCAUUGUUUCAUUUAAUUUAGUUAGAUGAAUACUUUUUAACAAGAAUUUUCUAUCAGGUCGAAAGUUACGUUCAAGGUGACGCUAACGUCAGAUCCAAAACUGCCUUUUAAAGUGUGAGUUGUAAUGAACAUAUUGUCUGCUAAAGCUAAUACACCUAUUAUCACUCACUACAGCCUAAGCGUACCUGAGAGUACACCCUUUACAGCAGUUUUGAAAUUUGCUGCUGAAGAGUUUAAAGUACCUCCAGCAACUAGUGCUAUUAUUACAAACGAUGGUAUAGGUAUCAAUCCAUCCCAAACUGCUGGAAACGUUUUCUUGAAACAUGGAACUGAACUCCGACUCAUUCCUCGUGAUCGUGUGGGAGGGCCAGCUUUUUGAGUUGAAAAAAAUUUUAGCAUAUUAUUCAUAAAUGUUAACAUUUUCUUUGAAUUUUUUUGCUUAAAAAUGGAAAUUACAUUCAAUAUAAUUUAAUAAGGCAUAAUAAUAUAUUCUAUAGUUUAUCAUAGACCUGAAGAAGAAAUAACUAACAAAUCAAGCUAAUAAAUAUUCAUCAAGAG